AUGAACCUGCUCAGUGCCCUAAUUGGGGCGUCUGCAGCAGGGGCUCUAGCAGCCUCCAAGGGCGAUGUGGCUAAAUUCUCCUCCUUUGUGCAGCGCCUCGGGCUAUCCACUGCCGAUACCCGUACCCUGGCGGCGCAGUCCGAAUCAUGCGUCGCAGAGCCCCACUGCAUCAUUCAGCCCGAGGGAGCCCAGGAUGUUUCCACCACGGUCAAAGUCAUCAACUUCUUCCAGGUGAAAUUUGCACUGCGCAGUGGCGGACACUCGCCGAACCCCGGCUAG